ACCAACAGCAACUCAGUGGUCUAGGUAGUAUUCGGUAGUUUAUUGCCUGACUAAGUGAUAACGUGCAAAAUGAAAUACGUUUUGAUUGUUGUUUUAUGCACGGUUAGUGUUGCAUACGUUGCGGCUACGGCUGUGAAAGAAUGUCCAAAUAAUAGUAAUGGUUUAAGUUACACUGAUUUAGCAGACAGAGUUGUGCUUCAAAACUGUACCAGACCUCCAUGCAGAGCCCGAAAAGAUAGCUUUUUAAAAGUUGAAUACAAAUUUACACCAGAUAAAGAUUACAAGAAUCUCCAUACAAGAGUAACUGCUGAAAUAUUGGGUACUGCUCUACCUUUCCCAGGAGUUGAUGGCCAGUCUGCUUGUAAAAAUUUAUACGAGGAAGAUAAGACUACGCUAGUAAAAGAUUGCGAAGUUAAAGCAGGAAAAGACUACUAUUACUUAAACGGUUUUGAAGUUUUAAGAAUUUAUCCAAGGAUUAAAACCAAUGCCCAUUGGGAACUCUAUGAGCCAAAAACUUCAAGGAAUAUUAUGUGUUUCGAAUUUUUAGUUCGCAUAACUAACUAGUGAUAUUUUGAUAAUGUACGUUAAACAAUAAAUUUUUUAUUAAAGUG